AUAUUGACAUUGCUACAACACAAACUGUUGAUUAGAUGUGCAAAAAUGUUGACGCUCCAGUAAUUUUUAUGUUAAAAUUGCUCGUUAGACUAGAUGUUUAGACUGUUAAUCUUUGAUUUAAAUUUUAAGUUUUUGUUUCCGUUUUAAUUAACGAAAUCGCACAAAAUGAUUGAUCUGGACAAUGACGUGGACGACUAUUUGAUUCAAUAUUUUACACAGCUAAGAGAAGACUACCCUCACAUUGACGAUUUGAAUCUGAUGCGACAUGUGCAUAAGCUGCACUUACUGCAAGUUACUCUGACUCUCGACGACUGUAUCAAAUCGGGUAUUUGUUGCUUGGACUGUGGCCGAUCGUUGGUAUGGACUAGAGACACAUCCGACGAUACGGAGAUGUUUUUCAAAUGCAUCCACUGCAUACGUUCUCCGAAUUUGCUGCGCCUCGACCUGAAAGAAUCGGCCGAACAAUUACUGAAGCUAAUCGUUGCAGAAAAUAUUCAACUCGUCUCGUCAGCAUUGUAUUUGGUUCUGAAUAGUAGCAGAUAUGUGAACCCCUUAUCACCACCAUCCGUACCAGACAAUCCCGUUGACAUAUUGUGUGCGUACAAAGACAAAUCGCCCAACGGAUUCAAAUUUGGUGGCGGAGAGUCGUCCAUCGUCAUAGCUGAUUUGUAUGAAAUUCCAAACUGUCCCGAGUUUGCCGUUCUAAUUGUGUCCGACACAGAAAUGGUGCCUACGCGCUACUACUUACAUGCGAUGCACCUGAAGACUGAAUGGACGAGAGAAAAUAAGUUCACCGGCAAACACAUAUUCAAUGAAUUGGCCGAAGUCGGUAAUAUGAUCAUCAAACCCGGCAGUAUAUUGGUGUUGGGACCCGAUCUACAAUACUGGAUCACCGAAGAAACGUAUGCAAAGGAAAAACAUAAUUUAAAAUUGGUAGUGCCGUUCGACGAACUGACAAUACUGGACAGUUCGGAUGAGACGAUGGAUGUUGCUCAGAAUUUCAAGCAAAUUCUGCGAGACGCUGUAGCCAUUUGUGAUAGUGUUCGUGAAAUUUUCAAGCUGGACGUUCGCGACAAAAACAAUAACGAGACGUUCUUACGCGAGAAAUUGCAACUGUAUCUGACAUCGGCCAUUUGGAUGCGAUUUUUUGAUGUUACUCCGUUUAAGUGCUUCUUGUAUCACUGUGUCAGUGAGGCACUAUUCCAAUAGCAGUGGAACAAAUAAUAUUGAUAAACUCGACUAUCAACAGACAGGACAUCAAGUGCUGCAGCGAAAUUCGUAAAAUAUUCAGUGGCAAAGUAAAAACUUAAAAUUGAGAAGAAAAAUGUGACAAAAGAACUAAUGUGCCUUUUGAAAAAAAUUAAAAAAUUUCGAGCCAAAUCCAUGAAAUAGUUUGUUAAGUUUGCUUGUAACACAGAGAACAAAGAGAAAAUAUAAUUGAAUUUUUGAUGUAUUUUUAAUUGAAAAA